GUCAGUGUCAAAUUGGUUGCGCAGGACAUAUUGUUACUAAAUUAACAAAUUAACGUGUUCCAAUAAUAGGUUAUAUGAAUUUUUUUGCUUUAUAUAUUUCUUUUGCUUUUGCUAAAUAAGUGCAUUGGUAUUUUUUGUGUCAAAGGGGGUAUAUAAUUUACUUUGCAUAAUAAAUCCAAUGUAAUAAUUAUAUUAACUACAUUUAAUGUAAGUACUAUAACAUAAUUACCAAUACUUAGAAAUUUUAUAUAAACAUGACGAGGUUUGCUCGCAGUAAAGGUUCUAAAGCUUCAAACGAUAAAGUUCCUGAAGAUAGCACGCCAUGGGAAGUUAUGAAGGAACAGCUACUUAGUGCGAAAAAAGAAAAAGACGAACAAAAGGAAAUACAAAAGGCAGAAAAACAAAGAUUGGAGAAUUAUGAAAACUUUUUAAAAGAACAGAAGACUCAAAAGCGGAAAGCUACAUGGUGUGACUUUCCUGAAACACCUAAAGAACAUAUUUCAGAACAAACUAAUAAGAAGAAAAAGAAUGAUAAAGCAAAAAAUAAGCAAGUCAAUCAAAAUAAUAGUAAAAUAAGUGCAUGUAGCUCCGAUGAUCCUAAUGAGUUGAUUACGCCUACUCAAAAAAAAUCAAAAAACAAUGAUAAUAAAAUUGAAGUUGCUGAGAACAAAGAUACAUCUGAAGCAAUAGUUAAUAAUACUGAUGAAGCUGAUCAAAUACCUAUAGUGAAAAAGAAAAAAAAGAAUAAGAAAAAUAAAGUAAAUGGUGGAACAACUUCCAGUUCAAAUCUAGAAUGCAAUAGUACAUCAUUUCCCAUAGAAGAAAAGAAAAAUAAUGAUAGUCCAAAGCUGAAUAAUAAACAAAAUAAAAAAAAUGGCAAACCAAAACGCAGAAAAGAAAUUAAUGAUAACAGUUUCCAGCUAAUCAUCAAUGGUAAGCAAGUGGAAUUGGUUAGAAUUGAUGGGUUUCCUGUUAUGAAAAAAGAUGCUGAGCGUCUACAUGAACUGAAGUCCAACAUGUUGCAAAAAGGAAUACCAAAAAGUGAAAUACAGAGAACAAUGAAGUUAGAGAGGAGACGUGCAGAGAAAGCUCUGGCAAGAUUGAAAAGAGAUGUCUGCUAUAAUUGUAGAAAGGGUGGACACAACCUAUCUGAUUGUCCAGACCUGAAAUCAAAAAUACCAGGAGGUGAUACAUCUGAAGGAAUUUGCUUUAAAUGUGGCUCCACAGAACACAGACAAUUUGAAUGUAAAGUGCAAAGGGAUAAAGAAUUUAGAUUUGCUACAUGCUUUAUCUGUAAAGAAGCUGGACAUAUAGCAAGGCAAUGUCCUGAUAAUCCUAAAGGCUUGUAUCCAAAUGGAGGUGGCUGCAAAUUGUGUGGUGAUGUCACUCAUUUGAGAAAGGAUUGUCCUACAGUAAUGGAUAAAAAGGAGGGGAAAUCUAUUAAACUCCAAACUUUAGACAGUACAGAUGAUGUAGAAGGUAUUGGACAACAAGGACAAGUGGUAACAUCUCAAGAAACAUUGAAAAGAGUGAAGAAAAUAAAAUUUUAGGUUAAUUAAAUGUCUACAUAUGCUGUAGUAUUAAAACAAAUUGUAUGUAUAUAUUUAUUAUUAUUAUUUCAAUCAUUAAAUAAUAUUUGUAAGUACCU